GCACAGCUGCGAUUGUCAGCUGUUCAAUAUGGAACGAUAGCAAAGUGCAGUCACUUGUAGGAGUCGGUCAACGUCGGACACAACCAGCCAGCCAACCAGUAGUCGAACGAGCGAGUCCUCGUAUUAUCGUGUGCGAGAGUGAAUGCGAGCUGAAGAGACAAAGAUAGGCGGAGAGUGAAAGAGAAUAAGGAUCACGCCGUGCAAACGGCCGUAGAAGAGAGAGCGUUCGCGUACGCGCGCCACUUGUACGAUUUAUGCGAGAUCCCACGCCAGAUCAACCUGGAUGUAUUAACGCAGGGGCUAAAAUACAGCAUAUCAGGACUAAUGAACCUCGCAACAAAUCAGGCGUCCGACACGACGUCCGACACGCAGAGUAAUGGUCCGUACUUUGUUAACUUCAAUCAGGACUGCACAUCUUUGGCAGUAGGAUCAAAGUCAGGAUAUAAACUUUAUUCUAUCAGUUCUACUGGCCAUCUUGAAAAAAUAUAUGAAAAUGAUGAUACAGACUUUGAGGAUAUAUGUAUUGUUGAGCGAUUAUUUAGCAGCAGUUUGGUGGCAAUUGUUAGUCUUAAAUCCCCUCGUACGCUGACAGUAUGCCACUUUAGGAAAGGAACAGAAAUAUGCAACUACAGUUACUCAAAUACAAUUUUGGCUGUGAAACUCAACAGAGCGAGAUUGGUGGUAUGUCUGGAAGAAUCAUUAUACAUUCAUAAUAUACGAGAUAUGAAAGUGCUGCACACAAUUCGUGAUACUCCACCUAAUCUUACAGGCCUUUGCACGCUUUCACCAAAUAGUGACAAUUGUUAUUUAGCUUAUCCAGGUUCGAAUACGAUUGGAGAAGUGCAAAUAUUUGAUGCAAUCCAUCUUCAAGCCAAAACAAUGAUACCUGCACAUGAUAGUCCAUUGGCAGCAAUCGCUUUCAGUUCAACUGGCACCAAAGUGGCAACAGCUUCUGAGAAGGGCACAGUGAUUAGAGUUUUUGAUGUUCAUGAAGGUACAAAGUUAUUCGAAUUUCGACGUGGAGUUAAAAGAUGCGUCACGAUAAAUAGUCUUUCUUUUAGUAUGGACUCUAUGUGGCUUUGUUGUUCUAGUAAUACAGAAACUGUGCAUAUAUUCAAAUUGGAAGAACCAAAGGAAACGCCAAAUAAACAAACUGCAGAUGAAGCACAAACCUGGAUGGGAUAUUUUACAAAGGCUGUGACAGCAUCAGCUACGUAUUUGCCAUCACAAGUGACUGAUGUUUUUACUCAAGGACGUGCUUUCGCCAGCGUCCAUCUACCGUUUCAAGGAUUGAAAAAUGUCUGUGCCAUCACUGUAACACACAAAGUACCAAAACUGUUAGUAGCCAGUGCAGAUGGUUACUUGUAUGUCUACUCUGUAGAUUUAACAGAAAGUGGAUGUUGCGCCCUUAUAAAACAACAUAGAUUAGAUGAUAAGGAUCGAGAUGAGUCAGAUUGUGGCGGUUCCAGUUCUGGAGCAACAGCUACUGCAAAUAGUACAAAUACAGCCUGCAUAAAUAGCUACGCGGGUGUGUUGCGUGGCCGUUCGCCAGACUCCAUGUCAGAGUCUGAGAAGUAUCAGGAGAUGAUAGCAGCGACGGAAAGCCCACCGAAAGGCAGCGGUACGUUUCGCCUGGAUGAUGAUACUGAAUUUCCACCUGUCACGCAAAGGACAGACUGAGCGUAACAUACACAUACGCAAUUAAGGCAUAUCAAAAGCUCAAGACAAGCGGAGAUAUGAAAACCGUGUAAGACCAACGAUCGUGAUGAGCGAAAGGACAAAAAGGCAGAAUGCAGAUGUCCAAUAUUUACACAGACGGCCGUAUAUCCAGUACUUCAAGUUCAAUAGAACUAAAUCUGUAGGCGAUAUUACCGAGAAUGUUACAUAUCUAAAAUAUGCAUUAAAGAUUUAAAUGAAAUGCGUCGCUAAGAGUGUCGAAAAAAUCGAUUUUUUAUAUAAUAGUUUGAAAAAAUCGAUGUAUAUUGCAGGAGAAAAAAAGGAAAUGCCUUUGAGGUGACACUCUCGGUCAUAUUACUGGGCUAUCAGAUUAAGCAAAAUUUUUUUCAUCAGUUCAUUCGUUAAUCAAAUAUCAUAUUUGUCCAAACAAAUGUAAUAUCGUGCAAAGAAUAUAGUAAUCCAAUGAUAAUGAUUUUAUCAUAAGAAUUAUGGGGCAAAAAAUCUUUUACACAGAAAUAUAUACAGCUCUAAUUUAGAUCGAUAUAUUAAUAUAUACUAAAUAUUAUACUGGCCAAUUGCAGUUAUCCUAUUCUUAGGAAUGGUUACGAUUAGCCAGUGUAGUACUCAGUACGUAUUAAAGUCGGUAUAAACUAGGCCACAAAAGAAGUCACAUUUGUGUGUCAGCAGUUAUUUUUACCAUUCUAUAUGGACAAAUAUUUGUACAAAAAAUAUGCGUUUUUACAUAGCCUAAGACAUUCAACAGUUUCUAGUUUCGGAAUUUUACUCUGAAUUAGCGUAAAUUGUUUUACGUUCAUUUUAACAAAUGACAUGUCUGUAUUAAACGGAUCGAAAAACGAUAAUUGCGAUCUAUUCAAAUCAACAUGUGAAAAUAUUAUCUCUUGAAAUAAUUGAUAUAACGUAAGCAGAUAUAUCCUAUUUAAAGUGUUGACCUUUUUUACAAAUCCAUAAUAACGGUUAAGACAAGUUGAGUUCAUUCCAAUGCUGAGAUAGAUAUUCAUAAUGUAUGAAAUAUGUAAAUAAAUUUUUACCGUUAUAUUCAUUCGUUCUAUUUAUAUAAAUUGUGUCUAAAGAUCAAUAGACACGAAAUUGAUUUCCUUCUUAUUCUAUCACAUGAAAAUCACACAAAUGGUUGAAUGAAUUUUCGCGAAAUUUAGAACAUGUUUGAGCAUUAAAUAUAGCUCACAUUUAUUUCAUUGCACGUUUUUUAUUGGAUUACUAUAUUUUUAGCGACAAAAUCAUUUUUGUUCAACAAUGGAAGUCUUCUUUUCAGAUAAAAAUGUAAAGAUUAUAAAUAUGGAAAAUUAUUGAAUUAUGAGAUUUAGUUAUAAUUCUUGUAAAAGAUCUUUCAACAUACGUUAGCUUUUUAUGGAAGAAGUGAUCAAGUAUAAUUUUACCAAAAAUAUUAAUUGUCAUACUUUGUUGGCAUUUAGUUUCAAAAGCACUUCAAUUUUUACAUGUUAAUUGUGAGAUAUGUGAUGACAAAUGAUAAAAAGAUAAGAUGUUUAAAAGCGAUGAAAAAAAGCUUCAUUCCAGUUUGUUUCUUUAAAAAAUCCAAGAUAAUUUUAGACAAGUUAUCAUAUCAACAGGAUAAUUGUCGAUUAUUACAAUAUUGAAUUUUAAAUUCAAUAAAAAUUUUAUAUCUUAUUAUCAAACAUUACCAUGCUGUAUUUUAUGCUUUAUAGCAGACAGAUGUUAUGUAUAUGUAAUUGUAUCAAAUGUGCAAUAAGUCUUCUUUAGCGUUUUUUCGGAUUAUUGAAAAUUAUCAUGACAUGUUUGUAAUUUGUAUAAAUAGCUAACUAAUAAUAGGAACAGAUAACCUUCGAUAUACUUGUGUUAAUACCGACUCGAGUUUGAUUGUGAAUAAAGUUUCUUCUCUGAUCGGUGCCAAUUUACCAGAAUGUAAGACGACACUGGCGCUGGCGAAGAUAUUUUAUCGUUAUAUAAUUACGUAAAGUACAGACGCGUUUUUUUCCUAAUUCUUUGUAGCAUAUUGCAUGUAAUUUAAUGUAUCUUAUAAUAUAUCUGAUUACAAUAGAAAGGUUCUUUUGUGUGAAUUGAAGUAUACGGCGCGAUCGUAUGAAUAUGUCAGUAUCAUAGAUCGAUGAUGUGUCAUGUCGUUACGGCGGUUUUAUACUAACGAGUUUUAUUUGGUAAAUAAUCUUACUUUUAUAAAGAUAUAAAUAAAUGCAUUGGUUCACAACCAAUUGUACAUAUGAACGUGCUAAGGCUUAAACUUUGAACGUCAUUGCGUAUGAAGUUUCAUAUUAAUACAUGUGAUUGUGCUGGUCUGGAAAAUAGAAAAAAAAUACUGAGUC